GCUUUCUCCUGCGCCCACGGAGCGUGGCCUGCUCCAUGAAGUGUUUGAAAGACUUCCUGCCCAGCUUGCCAAAGGAGUUUCUGCUGGUACCCCCCAGGAUGGAGGAGUUGCAGAGCGCCUGCCUCUUCCAUCCAAGGAGUGGGGUCUGCUGACCCAUCGAGAGCAAGCGGAGGCCCCUCUGCCUGCUAGGACAAUGAAGGAAGUCGUCUGCUGGUCACCCCAAACGGUGACAGACUGGCUGCUGGAGAAUGCCAUGCCCGAAUACUGUGAGCCCCUGGGCCAUUACACGGGCCGAGACUUGAUCAGCCUCACCCAGGAGGAUUUCACCAAGCCCCCGCUCUCCCGAGUCUCCUCCGACAAUGGGCAGCGGUUACUGGACAUGAUCGAGACCCUGAAAAUGGAGCACCACCUGGAGGCUCACAAGAACGGGCAUGCCAACGGGCACCUUUGCAUCAUUGCCGACGGCCCGUUGCCCGACAGCAAGGCCAAACACAACGGCGUACCCAACGGCUACCAGGGAGGGUUGGAAAUGAUCAAAAUCCCCAUGCCUGAACCCGAGCGCUCCCAGUACCCCCGGGAGUGGGGCAAGACUCUGCUGGCCUUCCUCUAUGCCCUGUGCUGCUUCGUGCUCACUACAGUGACCAUCUCGUUCGUCCACGAGCGAGUGCCUCCCAAGGAGACGCAAGCACCCCUGCCAGACACCUUUUUUGACCAUUUUAACCGGGUGCAGUGGGCCUUUUCUAUUUGUGAAAUCAACGGUUUGGUUCUUGUGGGCCUCUGGUUCAUUCAGUGGCUGCUCUUAAAAUACAAGUCCAUCAUUAGCCGAAGAUUUUUCUUCUUAGUUGGCACGCUGUACCUGUACCGGUGUGUCACCAUGUAUGUAACCACCCUCCCAGUGCCCAGCAUGCAUUUCAACUGUUCUCCGAAGCUUUUCGGAGACUGGGAAGCUCAUCUGCGGAGGAUCAUGAAGAUGAUAGCUGGGGGUGGCCUGUCUAUCACAGGCGCCCAUAAAAUGUGUGGAGACUAUCUGUACAGUGGCCAUACAGUCAUGUUAACCCUGACUUACUUAUUUAUCAAAGAGUAUUCCCCUCGGCGACUGUGGUGGUACCAUUGGUUCUGCUGGGUUCUCAGCUUCUCCGGGGUCUUCUGUAUCCUCCUGGCACAUGAACACUACACUGUGGAUGUCGUGGUGGCCUACUACAUCACUACCAGACUUUUCUGGUGGUAUCACACGAUGGCUAAUCAGCAAGUGCUAAAAGAAGCUUCCCAAAUGAACCUCCUGGCAAGAGUGUGGUGGUAUAAGCCCUUCCAGUACUUUGAAAAGAAUGUCCAAGGAAUUGUACCUCGAUCUUAUCACUGGCCUUUCCCCUGGCCUGUGGUCCACCUCAGUAGACAAGUGAAAUACAGUCGUUUGGUCAAUGAUACAUGAGGAGCUGUCCAAAGUACUUAGGACUCCACGAGAGAAAUCGCCAUAAAAUCUAGCCUCCCUAAUCCUUUGAUCUUUCAACAGUUACCUUGACUUAACCUAGUGAGUUACCUGGUCAGCACUGUGAUCUUUCUUUUUCUCUCCAAAGGACCUGCGUUGGACAACAAUAAAGAGAACUUAACUUAUCA